CCUUCUCGACCCUUCCUCCGCCCUUCCUCGCAGAUUAAAUUGCGCUCCGUUCUGGCAGGACUUUUCUUAAUCCUUUUAUUUCGGCACAAACUCGGAUAAGUAGGCACAUUUAGAGCGCUACAAUGCUCGCCAUAGUUCGAAAACAACUGAGAAACCAUCCGGCUCUGAUCCCCCUUUUCAUCUUCAUCGGUGGAGGGGCAACCAUGUCCCUGUUGUACCUCGCCCGUCUGGGCCUGAAAAACCCUGAUGUCUGCUGGGAUCGUAAGAAUAAUCCAGAGCCCUGGAACAAACUUGGCCCAAAUGAUCAGUACAAGUUUUUCACAGUCAACAUGGACUACAGCAAGCUGAAGAAAGACCGUCCUGAUUUCUAAACAUCAACAGCUGGACCACAAAGCACAAAGAUCGGCAGAUCUGCACAAACCACCCCGUUGUGUUUGUUUCACCAGGAAUCUUAUGGAUGCAGAGGCUAAACCCGCACAGAUGUUAGAUAUUUAAGUGUCCUCAUUUUGCAUCUCAUUGGCUUUUUGAAACUGAUUUUAUCAUUUGCACCAUCUUGUCAAUAAAGUAAAGGAGGCUUUCUCCUCUAUACAGUGAAAA